CCGGCGGGCGGGGCGGGGCCGGGGCUCGGGCCGGGGUGACAGCGCGGCCGCCGCCCCGCGCGGCGCCGCCGCCCCACCCGCAUGGAGGGCGGCGGGGAGGCGCUGCCCGCCGACCUGCGGGAGCUGGCCAGCAAGGUGGGACGGCGGCCGCCCGCCGGGCUGCUGCGGGGGCUGAGGGCCGAGACCGCCUCCGCACCGCCGGCACCGCCGGCACCGCCGGCACCGGCUCGCGGCGCUCGCCCGCCGCUCGCCGACCGCCUCCGGGCGCUCCGCCUCGAGCUGGCUUAUCUGCGAGCAGUCGAUGUGAAGAUCCUGCAGCAGCUGGUGGUGGUGAACGAGGGCAUCGAGGCGGUGAAGUGGCUGCUGGAGGAGAGGAGCACGCUGACUAGCCGCUGCAGCAGCCUGGCCAGCAGCCAGUACAGCCUGGUGGAGAGCCAGGCGGCCUCACGGCGGGGCAGCUGGGACAGCCUGCAGGACCCCAACGACAGGCUGGACAGCAUCUCCGUCGGUAGCUACCUGGACACAUUGGCCGAUGACAUGGAUGAGUAUUCCCAAAACGCCAUCGAAACUGCUGCCACAUCCACGCCGGGUAGAGCCCUGGUUAGGCCGGAGCAGGAUUGGGUCAGGAUCGAUCCCGAGAGGGCUCUUGCAAAGCAAGAGAAGGGCAAAGCGGAGCACGAGUGGCCCCACGUGGACCUCUCCCCGCCCGGGCUGCCCCAGGAUCACCGGUUUACUAAGGAGCCCCAGGUGGCCAACGGGUAUUUGGGCCAGCAGCCGCCUUCUCUGGAACCAGGCAGAGACACCAAAUUGCCAUCGGGGGCCGGGGAGAGGCUGGGGAAGGGUAACCUGAGUGGGAAGGCUCGGAAAGCCGAGGCCGACUUCGAGAACUGCAAACUCAACAGCAAACUGCACCUGGAGUACGAUGCCCACUGGCGCUGGCUCCAGUCUCAGGACGAUGUGACGUUCUUGUAGCCCAUGGCUUCACCUUCCCAGUCCAGCCCUCCCAGCUGCCCGCUCUGCUUCACUUGUCUCCGCUUGGGAGAGCUGGGGUGGCUGGGGAUGGGGGGACAGGCUGGCUCGGAGGUGUUGCACUGCUCCUCUGGCCCCCCUGUCAGUGUUUGGUGAUGCAGUCCUAAGGGAUGGGGUGCCCACCCUGCGGCGCAUUUCUGGGAGAGGCGGGAUGAGAUGGGUCCCCGUAAAUUUAAUCCUGUGCUCUGGGGUGGUGCUUGCAGGUGGCUGGUCACUCCUCUGUUGUCCUUGAUGGUGGUGGGGAAGGGUUGGUGGGGAAACCUGGGACAGUGGGACUCCUGGGAUCUCUCCCCUCUAAUCCUCAGCCUCCUGUCUGCAAAAACUGGGGACCCUUUCCCCAAACUGGCUACCCAGAUAGGACAGGAGAUGCUCCCAUGCAUCCACAGCUCGGUGGCACCAGCAUGCAAGGUGUGGGGCAGGGCCAUCAGCGGGGCAUCCUUGUUGGAUGUGCUCAUUUCCAUCAUCAUCUUCAAGGUCAGUGUCCAUCCAGGGUAGACCUGCACCUGGAGUUUGGCUGCGGCAUAUGGUGGAUGCUAAAACCCCCCUCCCAGCGGGUGAAGCCCUGCCCGGUUUAAACGUCGCUGUGAAGCUGAUCUGAAGCAUGAUCAGGGCGGUCACUGUAGCUGCUCCUGUUGGGCUGGGGAGCCUUUGUCCGUGCCCUGCGGAGGAAGGAUGACGGUGCAGACUUCCCUCCCCCAUGUGAUUACACGAGAAGGGCAAAGCACGGGGUAGGAGAUGGAGAUCCAGUCCUCCCAGUUUGUUUCUGGACUGUUUCCCACGUUGCGACCAGGUCCUGCAGAAACCCCGGGACGUGGCAGCAUAUGGGCAGGCUGGCAGACCUGUGGGGCUCAGGCUCAGAAAGGCUCGUGCUUUCCCCUGACGCAGCAUGAGGGGGAUGAUGGCUGGGGUUCUCCAUCCAUGUGAUGAAUGGUGCCAGUUCUCUGCCCCCUACCAGCAACCAGAAACAUGAGGCUCCUCUGCCAGGGUGGAUUUGCAGCGACACUGCCCUGGAGACAUCUUUUCUGUCCUUUCAGCCUUGGCUUCUGCCUGUGCCUUUUACUGUCCACCCACCAUGCCUCCCAGCACACCCCUUGCCCCUUGCUGGCUUGUAGAGCAUGGCUUGCAGCUGGAGCUGUGCAUGAGCUUGGGCAGGACCUGCUGCCUUCACCAAACGGUGCAGGGAAGGACCCCUGCAUGGCCCCCUGCUUCAAGGAGAGGGGCUCUUCCAUGUGUGUGGACAAGCCUGGAGGGUCCUGGCUCCACAGCCCGCAGGCACGUCUGUCCCUGGCUGAGUGCUGUGAUGGCUUUGCUUUCGCUGUGGUGCUGUUGUUCCCCUGCCUGCGUGGGUUGCAGCCUGCCUCUUUCCUUGCUGGGGUGGUGGGAGUGGAGACAACAUCUCCUGAUGUCAAUGGGAAGCCAAGAGAGAGGGAAGACCUGGCUGUGACUCUUUCUAGAUGCGAGAUGUGAGCUGGCUGUGGUUAGGAAGGUGGUCAGGUGCACAAGUAGUUCAGCUUUGUAUCUCUGAAGCAGCACCUACAGUCGAAACUGCCCUCCAUGCCGAGACCCCCAAGCACCCUCCCUUCCCCAGCAGAUCCUCAGGGCUUCCCUGGAUGAACAUGGAGAGCAGGACAACAUCCAAAAUUCCCAGAGAUGGCACCUGCCAGGGACUUGGGGGAAUCCCAGCAAACUGGGACCGGGUUGCCCUACACAAGCAUCCCAUCUGCCUCCUGCGGAGCAGCCGUGCUUGGCUCGCUGUCGCCUGCGAGCAGCUCGUGGCUCCCUGCGAAGCUCCGCCACCGCUGCUGAGCCGCCAUGUCCCCCAAGGCUGGCUGUCCCCUGCUUUCCUUCUAACCCUGCAUGCGAUGAAUCAGCUGAGGGUCCCGUGGGGAGACGGGGUAAGUCCUCCAGUGCUGUUAAAAUCAUUCUUGACAAAAAAUAGCUGGCUUAAUAAAUGGUAGUGUUUCUCCCAGGC